AUGAUUGCCGCCACGAAACGGAAAGUUCUCGAUGGAAUGAACCGCCGUUACAUUUACGGUCGCGUGCCUCUUCUACACACGAUUAUUUUCCUCAUCGAGAUGGCCGUAGCUGCUCGCCUUGCCGCCAAGUUUAAUACCUAUUAUGCCGAAAAGCCAGUUCUUACAACUAUGGUCACCAACGCGGUGCUCGGUGGGGUGGCCGAUACGGUUGCGCAGCUUAUCACGGCGUUCAGGCAUCGAUCACAGCAACGAUCGCUGGAAGACAACGACUUUAUUUCGAUAGAGAUUGAAGAUUUGGAUAAGCAAAGGCCGCCUGUCGUCGGAGAGUCAGGAUAUAUCAAAACUGCGCCGCCGCCAUUCGACUUUGAGCGUCUGACUCGGUUUAUGGCGUAUGGUUUCUUCAUGGCCCCCAUACAAUUCCAGUGGUUUGGCUUUUUGUCUCGGGCAUUCCCCCUCACCAAGGCGAACCCGACCACUCCGGUAUUCAAGCGUGUCGCUUUUGAUCAAUUUAUCUUUGCACCAUUCGGUCUCGCCUGCUUCUUUUCCUACAUGACGAUCGCUGAAGGUGGCGGCAAGAGAGCUCUAGCACAGAAGUUCCGCGAUGUAUACCUGCCGACUCUCAAAGCCAAUUUUGUGCUGUGGCCGGCGGUGCAGAUUCUCAACUUCCGGGUCAUUCCAAUCCAAUUCCAGAUUCCAUUUGUUUCAUGCAUUGGUAUCGCGUGGACCGCGUACCUCUCGCUCACCAACUCCUCCGAGGAGUCCUAA